GCAUUUACCGGGCAUGUGCAUUGUGCGUGGUGCCCCAACUGUAUAAAUUAUACCUUCAGACGGUCUAUAUCUUGCGUGUUUGGUUAGUCACUAGUCAGUGAUUUGCAUCAAAGUUUCCCCCAGUGUCCAAGUUGUUCUUAGCGAUAGAGAAAAAAAAAGUGUCUUAGAGUUCCAUUUUGAGGAAAUGUGCGGCGGUGCGAUUAUCCAUGACCUCAUCCCUCGUUAUCGAGGUGCCUCCUCCAUCUCUGCUUCCGACCUCUGGCCUGAUUCCCACCUGGCUAACAAGCUCAACACCUUCAAGUCAGAUUUCAAUUGCUUCAGCCCACAGAAACCACCUAAGAAACGGGCUUCCCCUUCUUCAGGUAGUGAGAGUGGGGUUGAGAAGGAUGGCAAGAGGAAGAGAAAGAAUCUGUACAGGGGGAUUCGACAACGACCAUGGGGGAAAUGGGCUGCUGAAAUUCGCGACCCCCGAAAAGGAGUUAGGGUAUGGUUGGGUACCUUCAGCACUGCCGAAGAGGCUGCCAGGGCUUAUGAUAGAGAGGCGAGGAAGAUAAGGGGUAAGAAAGCCAAGGUUAAUUUCCCAAACGAAAACGAGAAGUUUUUGCAGAAUACCCAAAAGCCUACUCGUAGGAAUCCCCAAACUUUGUAUCAGUUCUCGGGUAUUGAUUACUCGAACGGUUCGAAUGUCGGUCUCUCCGGUGAUCUGAAUCAUAUGGUAGCGUUUUCGGUUCCGGCCAAUGAAUGUUAUGACACUCCUGCUUCAAACCCCAUCCCAGUUGACCCUGUGGCUGUUACGCCUGCACCUAUGGGGAAGGAGGAGACGCCUGUGUCUGGACCAGAAGGUGGGGAUUCUGUAACGUGGUUAGAGCAAGUUAAAGUGAAGGAAGAAGAAGAGAUGAAGGAGAAUGAAGUGCAGAGGCUGUCGGAGGAGCUGCUGGCGUUCGAGACCUACAUGAAAUUCUAUCAGAUUCCAUAUCUUGACGGCGGAAAUGAACAAUCCGUGGCGGCGAAUGCGAACGCCACUCAGGAAAACGUAGCUGGUGGCGCUCCCUUGGAGCUCUGGAGCUUCGACGACGAUGUUCCUUCUGCCUCUACCUCUAUUGAUUUAGAAAAACCUUGUAUAUAACGGAAAUGCCUGAUUUCUUCACUUAUGUUCUUCAAUUUACUUUUUCCAUUUGAUAUUCCUGUAAAUAAUGAAUUGUCUGCUUUCUUUGAUGAAGAAAUUUAAUUGAAAAUUCUAAAAAAAAAAAAUUGAAACUUUAA